GGAGGGGGGGGGCGUAAAGGCAACCGGGAUCAGCCAGGUGCCAGCAUGAGCCGGAGGGAGGGAAGUCUGGAAGACCCCCAGACUGACUCCUCAAUCUCAUCCCUUCCCCACUUGGAGGCCAAGAUCCAUCAGACACACAGCCUUGCCCGCCUCCUCACCAAAUAUGCUGAGCAGCUGCUCCAGGAAUAUGUGCAGCACCAGGGAGACCCCUUCGGGCUGCCCGGCUUCUCGCCCCCGCGGCUGCCGGUGGCCGGCCUGAGCGCCCCGGCCCCGGGCCACGCGGGCCUGCCCGCGCCCGAGCGCCUGCGGCUGGACGCGGCGGCGCUGGCCGCCCUGCCGCCGCUGCUCGAUGUGGUGCGCCGCCGCCAGGCUGAGCUGAACCCGCGCGCGCCGCGCCUGCUGCGGCGCCUGGAGGACGCGGCGCGCCAGGCCCGGGCCCUGGGCGCCGCCGUGGAGGCCGUGCUGGCUGCGCUGGGUGCCGAGACCCGCGGGCCCCGGCCCGAGCCCGCCGCCGCCGCCGCCGCCGGCGUCUUCCUGGCCAAAGUGCUGGGGCUCCGCGUGUGCGGCCUCUACCGCGACUGGGUGAGCCGCACCGAGGCCGACCUGGGCCAGCUGGUGCCCGGGUGCCCGGCCUGAGCUCGGGUCGCGGGGCUGCAGCUCGCCGUCACCUCUCUCCGGCCAUCUCUGUCGGCGUCUGUAUGUUCUCCUGUUCUCCGACUGUCUCCAUCUCCCUGUCUCUCGUCUCUAUUUGUUUUGGAUGUUCUCGGCCUUUUCUCUCUGCGGACUUUCUUAUCUCUGUAUGUGACUUCUCAUGUCCAUCAUUUUCUUGCUUUCUCCCUCUCUUUUCCAUCACUUGGGCCUGCCCCCGUCUCUCUUGGUCUCCCCGUUCACUCAUCCCUGGGGGCCUCUUUGUUUUCCUUUUUCCCCAUCUCUUGUCUCCUCUUGGCCCGCACAUGUCACACACGUGUGAGCAUGUGUACAUCUCAGCUUCAUCUCAAGGAGGGGACACCUUGCCACUCCUUUUCUCUGUCUUUUCCCGGCCAGGGAUGUGCCUGCUGGCCCUGUGGUGGGAGGGCUACUCCAGACAAAUUUCAGCCACCUUCCUCCAAGGUCACUUCACCUGCUGCCCUCCCCCUCCCCCAUCCCAUCCCUUAGGGCCCUGAUCCCCUCCCCCUUUGAUGUCCUAUGCCUGCACCUCCCCUCUCCCAAGCCAGGUCUGAGGAGAGAAAAAAAUCAACACCUUAAAAGAGUUUUAUUUCUGAGAAUAAAUUAAUUUUUUGUAAAUAAAAUGUUUAAAAAUAAAAAGAACACUAAAGUUA